UCCGGACACGGCACGCGCGAUUCGUUUUGUCACCGCACUUUGGCCAAGUUUUUUGAAUUUCUCUAUUUCAGUCGGUAAACACGCACGCGUCCACGUCCCGAAUCAAUUGCCAAGACAAAUACCGCGCGUAGUCAUGACGGAGGAAUCCAGAUUGGAUCACCGAGCGAGGAAGAGGAUCAAGGAGGUGAAAAAGAAGGCGCGACCGGAGCUCGCAGAUAAAGUAGCAUGGACUCAGUACGCCUAUCACAAGAAUUUUCACAAAUUUUGGGAGUUCGAAGACAAUGCGGAACGAAUCGACGAAUCCAACGUGACUACCGAGGAAUUCGUGGAGAAAUACGAGAAACCUUACAAGCCUGUGAUAAUAAGAGGUGUUCAAAACGGCUGGAGAGCCCAGCAAAAAUGGACUAUAGAUAAAUUAGCAAAGAAAUAUCGCAAUCAAAAGUUUAAGUGCGGAGAAGACAAUGAGGGAUAUAGCGUAAAAAUGAAGAUGAAGUACUAUGUGCGUUACAUGUUCAAUAACGAGGACGAUUCCCCUUUGUACAUUUUCGACAGCUCGUUCGGCGAGCAUCCGAGAAGAAAGAAAUUGCUAGAGGAUUAUGUGAUUCCGAAGUACUUCCGCGACGAUCUGUUUCAUUACGCCGGGGAACAUCGUAGACCGCCGUAUCGUUGGUUUGUCAUGGGACCUGCCAGAUCGGGUACAGGCAUACACAUAGAUCCGUUAGGUACCAGCGCAUGGAAUGCUCUAAUAUCCGGCCACAAACGUUGGUGCUUGUUUCCUACGCACACUCCCCGCGAGCUUCUGAAAGUGACCGCAGCCGAGGGUGGCAAACAGCGGGAUGAGGCGAUCACGUGGUUCUCGAUUAUUUAUCCGCGCACAAAAUUGCCCACGUGGCCGCAAGAUUGUCGUCCGAUCGAGAUCCUGCAGACUCCCGGCGAAACUGUUUUCAUACCCGGCGGCUGGUGGCACAUCGUUCUAAAUCUCGACGAAACCAUAGCCGUCACGCAAAAUUUCUGUUCGCGCACCAAUUUCCCGGUGGUCUGGCACAAAACGGUGCGGGGAAGACCGAAACUGUCGCGAAAGUGGCUGAAAGUACUAAAUGAAAAAGAGCCGGAACUGGCGGCAUUAGCGGAAACGAUAGACGUGAAAGAGGACACAGGUGUUGCAAGUGAUUCCUCGAGCGGUUCCUCGAGCAGUUCCUCGAGCAGCACCAGCAGUAGCGAGUCCGAGGACAGCGAGGACGACAGUGGUCAAGAGUCACUUACCGCACACAAGAAGAAAAAGAGAAGAAAACUGAAUAACAGCCAACCUUGACAAUAUCCAGUAUUUGGAACCUACAGAGACCUCAGACUGUACAGUAUUAAUCAACGAUUAUUGUUUAUACUAAGGAUAAAUAUAAUUAUUAUAUUUACGACCAUAUCUUUAUGUUCAUAAUAAAAUAAAUAUUAGAUAUAACACAUAUAAUCUUUUUUUGUUCUUUCUUCGAGAUACAACACUUUGUUCAAAGCUAUGUGUUUUUUCUUUAGGCGUUCUUAUUUUUUUACGUGAUAAUGCAC